GCGCGCAAGCACAACAACGCGGUGCAUUUCAUCGGCCCCUCGGAGUGUCGGCAGUUUUUCUUCCACAUGGGGGUGGCCUUCGAGAGCAUGCGGAGUCCGUUGGUUCACCUAAAGAAGUUCUGGAGCGCCACAACCACAGUCGCAUAUUCCACCUCGCCCACUCUCCCACUCCCCCUGAUCAUUGUUCUUCCUCCAACAUUUCCCCCUACCUUUCCAUCAGUCGACUCAAAAGCAGUUCUUGUGGACUCUCUCUCUCUUCUUGCGUUUCCCGCCACUGCCCCCCUCCCUCUCUCUCUCUUCUUGCGUUUCCCGCCACUGCCCCCCUCCCUCUCUCUCUCUUCUUGCGUUUCCCGCCACUGCCCCCCUCUCUCUCUCUCUUCUUGCGUUUCCCGCCACUGCCCCCCCUCCCUCUCUCUCUCUCUUGCGUUUUUCCGCCACUGCCCCCCUCCCUCUCUCUCUCUUCUUGCGUUUCCCGCCACUGCCACCCCUCCCUCUCUCUCUCUUCUUGCGUUUCCCGCCACUGCCCCUCCCCUCUCUCUCUCUCGCUUGCGUUUCCCGCCACUGCCCCCUCCCUCUCUCUCUCUUCUUGCGUUUCCCGCCACUGCCCCCCUCCCUCUCUCUCUCUUCUUGCGUUUCCCGCCACUGCCCCCUCCCUCUCUCUCUCUCUUGCGUUUCCCGCCACUGCCCCCCUCCCUCUCUCUCUCCUUGCAGUGCCUUCUCGAGUGGCUGUGUGCCUUUUUCCCUCUCUCUCUCCCCAACACCAUCCCUACUCCGCCCUCGCUUUGCCGGCCUGCUUGCCCAGCAUUCCCCACCCACUGCAUCCCACUCCCUCUAACUGCCUCCCUUUAUUCGGACCCCUGUGAGCUCACAGCCCAGCUUGCGUGCUCUACUCUGCAGGUGGGUGCGGUUGGCUUCCCUCCUCCCUCUCACCCUCUCCCUGCGCGCUGUCCCAGCAUCGGACCUCCGUUGGAGCCCACUCAGUGCUCCUCUGCAGGAGUGGGCACGCACAUAGCCCUCAUGUCAUACGCAGCGCUGGUGGACUGGUGUCUCUUCCUGCACGCUGUCUUUGACUCGGCCAUGUUCGGAGGAGACAAGGACACCCAAGACCUGGUGCUGCUGCCGUCCUACGUGGAUGUUACAAUCAUGGGCUGGUACACUUUCGCUGGCUGCUGGCUGCAGUGGGUGGAGCCCCCAUGUGUGUCAGGCGUCAAACCCGAGACCGCCAAGGCACUCCGCAAGCGGGGCAUCCAACCGCGCUUCCGAGUGCAAUCCCUCUGCCAGCCGCGGCGCUGCCUCAACUCCUCCUGGUCCGACCCCGGCCUCUGCGUCUUUGACAACAACUUCUCCCUCACGCCCGGCCGCCCGUUCUUCAAGUUUAAAACCGGGGACAAGUGUCCGAGCACGAUGCACUAUGGGUUUUACCGCGGGUGGGAGGAGGAGGCGCAGACGGAGCCGGUGCAGUUCCUGGCGGUGCAUUUCAUGCAUCGCAAGAAAGAGUUUCUGAGUACAAAGUUUCCGCCUGAACCAGAGAAGUCGUGGGGUAGUGCGAGCGAGUAG